GGGAAGGGCAGCAUCUAUGUGUGGGCGGCAGGUAAUGGUGGAAUGCAGCAUGACCACUGCGGUGCAGAUGGAUAUGUUAACUCCAUCUACAACAUUGCCAUCAGCGCCGUCACUCAAACUGGGAAGCCCACCUUCUUUGGAGAGCCCUGCCCUGGAGUGAUGGCCGUCACUCUGACAGGGACCAGCGUGGGAAGCUCAUUACCUUUGGUGACUGUGACCAACAUUGGUGAUGGAUGUGUCACACACUUUCCAGGAACAUCCAGUGCUGCUCCGAUUGCUGCAGCGAUUCUGGCUCUUGCCUUAGAAGUAAAUCCUGAGCUGACGUGGAGGGAUGUUCAGCAUCUGAUCGCCAAGACAGCAAAGAUCCCCGACCCUAAAGAGCCUGGCUGGAACAUCAAUGCAGCAGGAUACCAUGUUCACCAUAGGUACGGCUUUGGACUGUUGGAUGCAGGGCUGAUGGUGCAGCAGGCCGCACACUUCCACAGUGUUCCUUCACAGAAGAAGUGCACACAAGAAGUCACGCUUGAUCCUGCCAGAAUCUUUUAUCCAGGGCAAGGAGUCAAUGUGAACAUCCAAUCAGAAGCCUGUCGAGGAAGGGCUAAUGAGAUCAACACUCUUGAGCAUGUCCAGGUGAGAGUGAGUAUCAACGCAGCGUGCCGUGGUGACCUAUCCAUAAGCCUGGUGUCUCCUGGUGGCACAGUGUCGGUGCUGUUGGAUACGAGGCCUUAUGAUGCCUCCACCGCUGGACUGAAGAACUGGACUCUCAUGACUGUGCACUGCUGGGGUGAGCAGCCACGAGGCCGCUGGAGCCUCCAGGUGACUGACCGCAAGGGCACAGUGAGGAGCUGCGCGAGGCCAAGUGAAGAGGAGGCAGCCGGAGCUCUACACAGCGUUACACUCAUCCUCUAUGGCACCUACCACCCACACAGGACCACGCACGAGGGACCCCUGCAGAGUGUUGUGUCCAUGGGGUUGAAUCACCCUAUCCCUCAUGGGUGGUUGUUCCAGAGGGACCAGUCCCCUCCUAUGGACCUGCUGCAGUGGAUCUACCAAAUGGAGAGGGAGAAGAAGGUGCGAGCUGCUGAUAUCGCCAUGUCACUAAGAGGAAAGAUGGGAAAAACUCGAGGAGACAGACCGGUUAAGUCGAGCCUGACAUCUAGUCUGGCUUUCAAGAUACUUGACACACAUGUUGCCCAGAAAACAAGACCUACUGUUGAGAGGGAGCCUCCUGAAACCGAGACCUUCGGGGACGACGCGGAUGAGGAGCGCAGGUCCUUGCCCUCACAGAAGAUCCAGGAUGUCGGCACAAUCAAGCGUUUUAGAUCCAACAGAUGACGGAUCUGUGAGCAGAAAGGCAUGAGAGGGGGCGGGGCAGAGGGAAGGGAAUUAAAAACAAAACCAUGAACCAUAGUUUCGUAAAGACUGUAGUUUUCCACAGUGCAGAAAAGCCAGUUAAUCAUGAAUCAAGUCAGCGUACUGUAUUUUGACUUUGUGGCCUCGGUAUCAGCAAAGAUGACUUAUUGUAGGUCUGCUUUGAAACCCACUUUCUCGCCUACACAAACCCCAAAACCCUGUUUCUGAAAAACAAAUAGCUCCAGCAGCGCUCGUCUCCGCCCCCCAACCCCCGAUCCCACUCCUGGUUUGCCUUCGGAAGUAGCAAAGGUUAGUGGAAGAUAUGUUUGUCUUUUUCCACUUCAAUGAAGGGUGAAUUCAGCUCCGUGCAAUAAGAAAUGGAUUACCCCGUUCAUUAAAGGGGGCUGCGUCACUCCUCAUUGAGUUGGACAAAUAACAAAUUAAUUCCUAGCCGCCUAAUUUCUCUCUGUUCUCCACUGAAUUCCCAAUAACGUCGAAUUACUGAUCACAGCCAUGUGAGCUCUCUCAACUUUCUAUCAAUUCAUUAAAAUUUUUGCCACAGUGGAGAUACUGCUGAGGAGGAUCUCUCCCUUUUUUCUUUUUUCUUUUUUUCCCAUGCAUGCUUCCUUUAACACCACAAGCUGUAUACAAACAGAAAGCAAGUGAAGUGUUAAUAUUAGGAGAUUAAAAAGACCAGGAAGCGUUACAGAGAAAGUUACUUUCACCCCGGGCGGUAAACUUUUUUUUUUCUUUGCCAGUCUAGUGCAGGUCUGUUGGUGGAGGUGUUUUGUAAAGUAGCAGUAGUGUAUUGACAGGGCAGUAUUGAUGUUUCAAUUAGAGCAGCGUUACAUAGUGCUCCAGCAUGGUAACACGGUGCGUCUUCUGCCAUCUGCUCUGCCUCCACGUCUGACGAACGAGGCACGUGGGGCUAAUCGAGCCGCACAUGAGCGAUGGGGCUGCGAGAUCUUCCGCGCACACACUCGCGCGCGCACACACACACUUAUCCUGUACACACGUCCUUAUGCAGAAAAAUAAGGGGGGAAGGACGAUGGAGAGCUCCUCAGCCCUGCUGUUUAAACAGCCUUCAGAAAGCCUGUGAUUCCUCGCUUCACAUGUGCCACAGGAGAAGCCAGCAGGUUAUUUCCCCGACAAGAAAACGGGCAAAAGCGCCAGAUGCACAAGUUAAAAAUCUUCAAAAAAAAAAAGAAGCUCAUCUGAUAGAAAGAACAAAAAAUAAAUAAAUAAAAGAGAGAGAGAGAUCAGCUUCUGCCAGGUUUUCUCGUGCUGGGACAGCCUGAAAUAACAGUGUGUAUUAUGCCUGGCAUUAUUGCCUGCCAAACCACACGAAUCAAAGACCUCAUUGUGUGGAUUACCUCGUUAAUCUGUUGAUGCCAUUGACUAGUAUUGCAGGUGCUAAUGUGCCAGGUUUUUUUUCCUCCUCUUUCCUCCUCUCUUCUCUUAUUGGGGAGGUGUAGCGUUAGGUUUGUAAUCUGUUUUAAAUGCUUUCUGGGGAAUGAGACGCACUGAAAGCCAGCCAAGAGAGCUCUGCUAUCAUGGAGCGCUUUCUCUUAAUACAGCACACAGAGGGGGACAGACUGACUGAGGCUGCGGCGCCUGUGCCAACGGGGACGAGCUAGCGAGCUACACGCCCCACGCCACUUGUUGAAAUAUAUGACUGCAUGAAUAAUGAAAGAGGAAGAGGGAAGUGGUAUUGCUAGAGCAGUCCCACAAUGACAUCCAUCACAGGAAUGCCUCAUUGCUCCUCUUCUUCUGUUUCCUCCUGCAAAAAGAAAAAAAAAAGGAGCUCCAACUUGUGUCUCUUUGGAGAAGCUAACGGGAGCUGAGCUCAGUUGCCUGCCCGAGCUGAUAGACUUUAGAGGUGAAACCAGAAAGAGAGGAAGAUAAAGAGGCAGAGAGAGAGAAAGACAGAGGGAAAGGGAACAGAAAGAGAGGUAAUCCUUGCUUUUUUUUCAGCUCCCCGGGGUGGUCUCUUCAUCCAAGGCCUCAAAGAGGGACAGAAUACACGUCCCUGCUACAAUGAAGGGGACCCACAGGGGAUGUUGCUAUCAGUGUGUGUGUGUGGUGGGGGUGCAGCUUUAAGCAGGCCUUUGAGUGGCCUAAUUGCAUUGGAAUACAGCAGUCUGAGAGCUGGCUCAGAUCACGGCGGGCUGCUGGAGGGGUGAGCGCCCGCACCUCGACAGCCACACUCAGCAAAAGAGCCCCGGCACAAAGCACACAAUUAAUGCUGUCCCUCUCGUUAACUCUCUCCCCACUUUUUGUCCUCUCCUACUUUUCUCUCAUUCUCCUCCUCCUCACCCCCAUACCUUCGUCUCUCGCUCUCCUCUCCCUCUCUCGCUCCUCCCUCCCGCCUCAGUAUGUCGUCACUCACCCACUGUAUUAAUCCUCCCAUACAGCCUGUCAGUCUCCCUCGUCUUUGAUGCACACAACAAUUACAGUAAGGAUGAAAGGCGUGGGUCGGCUCUCGUUAUGCAAGAUUCGAAACGGGCCUUGGCGAGAAUUAUUGACAUCCGAACAGCUAAUCUGAAAUAAAACUCUGUUAUUACUUCGAAGGAAGUGAUCUGUGCUCGCUGCAUAUAUUUCUGGCUGUAUAUACUCAGGAUUAGGGGAUCUUAUUUUAUUGCAUAAAUUAAAAAUAAGGCAUGUACUUUAUUUGUAUUUAAAUGAGCCCACACUGAUUGUAUUCUUCUGAUCUGAAGGUUUUGUAUCAGUUCUGCUAUCAGCUAAAGUCAAGGCAGCUGAUAAAUGCAAAGUAAACAGAUUUCCAUUUCAUCACGAUUGUUCCCCAAAGAUGACACCACGGUAGAGCAAUAAUGCUCCAGCGGGGACUGUUUGUAUCUUUGCGGCA